CUCUCUCGACCAUGUCCAGGAUUAUGGGAUUUCUGCAGUUUCUCAAGAGCGUUUCUCUUUAGAAACUAUUGAUUUUGGAGGGUGGAGGGUGAAAAAAGGAAGUAAAAAAAGGAUACUGAAUUUCAGUUCCACUUGACGUUUGUCAGUGCUAUUUGUGGAUCUUUCCUGUGAACUGCUGUGUAACGUGAGAACGGUCAUGAGGAUUAGUUGGUGUAUGACUAACUCUCAGCAGUUCCAUUGAACGAUGUCUGUGGAAAUGCAAGCCUGAUCAUCAGUUCUCAGGAUACAGAAAGUGUAAGCAUCCAUAUCACCUGGACCAGUCGCUGCGUGGACUCUUGGAUGGGCAACAUCAGCUGGAGGAGUCAGGUGUCCUCGGAGGACACAGAUUCCUCUCUACAGGGGGAUCUAGAUGAGGACGCAGACUCACAACGGUCCCAUCGGUCCACUUUCACCAUAAUAAUGGAAAAGUUCCACUCUCCCAAGAUCAAGAGGACUCCUUCCAAGAAAGGAAAGCCUCUCCAGCCCGAGCCGGCAGCCAAGAGUACUGAGAAACCUGCUAACAAGAAAGUUAGCCGGCUAGAAGAGCAUGAGAAGGAGGUGGUCAAUGCACUGCGCUACUUCAAGACAAUCGUGGACAAAAUGGUGGUGGAGAAGAAGGUGCUGGAGAUGCUUCCAGGCUCAGCCAGCAAGGUGCUCGAAGCAAUUCUGCCCCUGGUUCAAGUAGAGACACGGAUACAGCACAGUUCGGCACUGACUUCUUGCCAUAGCCGCGUGUAUCAGAGUCUGGCCAACCUUAUCCGCUGGGCAGACCAGGUGAUGCUGGACGGCAUUGACUUAGAGGAUAAAGAGAAUGUGGCGUCCGUCACCAGUGUCAUCAAAGCAGUGCUGGAUGGAGUAAAGGAACUGGUGAAGCUCACCAUAGAAAAACAAGAGCAGCCAUCACCCACCACUCCCAACAAACCAGCACCGCCUGUUACCACGGCAGAGAGCAGUGUGCCAUCGGAGAUGCCCUCGAUAGAUCAGGAGCAUGAGAUAUCCAAUAAGACGGCUCCAGCACCUUCUCCUGCAGAGUCUGCUCCUGAGUUAGCAGAUGAAGAUGUAGCCCCUCCCAAACCCCCCCUUCCUGAAGCCAAAAUGGCUGAGCUCAGAGCACAGUUGAGUGCUGACGCUGGCCAAAGGAGACCCGCUCAGAAGGAGAACCCACCGCCAGCUCUUCCACCUAAGAAGCGCCAGUCAGCCCCUUCGCCUACACCAGUGGCCGUGGUCGCACCGAUGACCCGUGGUUCUAGCUUACCGUGCAGCGACCACAGACAGGAGUACGAGCAGGAGCUUCUUCACCGGCGUUUCUCUGGGGGGAGCCAUUCUUACGGAGGGGACUCUCCUCGGCUUUCCCCCUGCAGCAGCAUGGGGAAACUCAGCAAAUCUGACGAGCAGCUUUCUUCCAUGGAGCAGGACAGUGGUCAGUGUUCCCGUAACACUAGCUGCGAGACCCUCGACAACACAGAGACUUAUGACCCGGAUUAUGACUUCUUGCACCAGGACUUGUCUGCUGGGGAUAACCUUCCUCCAAUAACAGUGGGCGGUUGCCUCAGUCCCUUGCCUGAGUCUCACAGCGAGUCCUCGUCCCCGGUUCCCGGACAGCAUUCGCCACAUCCCCGCUUCAGCGCGCCUCCACCCCAACAGCCAGAAUAUUGGACCCCCCAGCCUACUAACACUAACCCUCUACAGUCUUCUCGCAUCAGCGCUCCCCCUGCCCUGCCAGAAAAGAAGCGCCGCAGCACUCAGACAUCAGGUCUUUUUCCAGAUGUGGGCUCCAGGGUUCUAUAUGAGCGAUACCCCUCCCAGUAUGACAACCUGUCGGAAGAAGACCUCCACCCUACACCACCAUUUCCCCUUUUCACACCCAUUUCACCCAUGCCCCAGACAAAUGGAGGAGUGUUUGUUUCUCAAUACCUUGCAAGUGAGAGUGCAGAUGUCCCUGCCAGCCCACCACCUCUGCCAGAAAAGAAAAGCAGACACAUCCUUCAGUACAUGCAGUUCGUGGAGGACUACUCAGAGCCACAGCCUUCCGUUUUCUACCAGAUGCCACAGAGUGAAAGCAUAUACGAACAGCGCAACAAGCGUUUCCAGGAGGUCUGUGGCUUCAAUGACUCUUUCAGCAGCACCGAUUCAGUUCAUGAGCCCCUGCAGCCCCCAGCACUGCCACCAAAACAGAGACAACUGGCCUCCCACUCUUCUUCCCCUUCUUCUUCCUCCUCCUCUUCCCUCUCAUGCCACCUCCAGCCGUCUGUAACGGCUCUGGAGGAGGCGGGCUCUGGGCUGGGCCUCAGCAUGUCCGUCUCUAACUCCUACCUGAACGGCCAGGCGUCUUUGACCACACCCACGAGCUUGGACCAGGUUGCCUUGACCAAUGCCACCAUUCUGGAUGGCAGCAGGGGUGGGCCCAACGGUUCCCUGGCCGGCUCAGUGGGUUCAGUGGCUGUAUGUCUUCCUUCUGGCUCUUCUCUCACUGACUCUCUUCACACCUCAGCGAGCGAGAGCGCGAAUGACGAGGGCGGGGAGGGAGAGUAUGUCAACUUGUACACGUCAACCCAGGCCAAUGGGGAGCUGCCUCUCUCCCUCCGAGAAACAAUUGCAGCUGAUGAGGUACUUCAAGACCCCGCCCCCCAGAUCCCGUCUAGUAAUAGCAAAGAGGCUUUGGACAAGGAAAGGAAGGCACAAAAAGUAACAGAACUGCCCGGGAGCGACAAGGAAGAUGUGGACGAACUCUCCCUCAUAGACCACAAAGAGAUCAUGAGCAGAAUAACACUAAAGCAAGAAAAUGACGAUGGCCCUGAUGUUCGUGCCGGAUCAGGAGAUAUCCUAUUAGUCCACGCUACGGAAACAGACCGCAAAGAUCUUGUUUUGUACUGUGAAGCCUUUCUGACUACAUAUAGGACUUUUAUUACCCCAGAGGACCUCAUUAAGAAGCUACACUACAGAUAUACUACAUUUUGCCACAGUCCAGACACUUUCAAGAAGCGAGUCAGCAAGAAUACGUUCUUCGUCCUGGUUCGUGUGGUGGACGAGCUCUGCCUUGUGGAGCUAACGGAGGACAUCUUGAAGCAGCUCAUGGACCUGGUGUUCACGCUGGUGUGCAACGGCGAGCUCAGCCUUGCUCGUGUGCUCCGCAAGAACAUCCUGGAUAAGGUGGAGCAAAAGAAGCUGCUGCGCUACACUAACUCUCUCAAGCCCCUCUCUGCCCGGGGGGUGUCUGCAAGGCCAGGAACUCUUCAUGACUUCCGCAGUCACGAGAUUGCAGAUCAGCUCACUCUUCUCGAUGCUGAACUUUUCUACAAAAUUGAGAUUCCAGAAGUUUUGCUUUGGGCAAAGGAGCAGAAUGAGGAAAAAAGCCCAAACCUGACUCAAUUCACAGAGCACUUUAACAACAUGAGCUAUUGGGUCCGCUCUUUGAUAAUUCAGCAGGAGAAAGCCCAAGACAGAGAGAAGCUGCUUCUCAAGUUCAUUAAGAUAAUGAAGCACUUAAGAAAGUUGAAUAAUUUUAACUCCUACUUGGCAAUACUGUCUGCUCUGGACUCAGCACCCAUCAGGAGAUUGGAGUGGCAGAAACAAACUUCAGAGGGAUUGGAGGAGUAUUGCACGCUGAUCGACAGCUCCUCCUCCUUCAGAGCGUACAGAGCCGCUUUGGCUGAGGUGGAGCCCCCAUGCAUCCCAUACUUAGGUCUCAUUCUCCAGGAUCUGACAUUUGUCCACUUGGGAAACCCUGACCUCAUUGAGGGGAAGGUCAAUUUCUCCAAACGUUGGCAGCAGUUUAACAUUUUGGACAGCAUGCGCCGCUUUCAGCAAGUGCACUACGAGCUGAAGCGUAAUGAAGACAUCAUCUCUUUCUUCAACGACUUCAGUGACCACCUGGCCGAGGAAGCCCUGUGGGAACUGUCCUUGAAAAUUAAGCCCAGAAAUAUUGCUAGGCGCAAGACGGACCGCGAAGAAAAGACCUAGGGCCCGUGGGGCCCCUCCAACACUGACCUCCAACUGUGCUUCAUGACACUAACUCCACUUUACCACAGACUGAGAGACAAACAGAAUCAAUCUGCCGAAGCUAAUGGGAGACUCGUGGGAAAUCCAGAACAAACUACAGACAACUUCGUCAUGGUUUACAAAAAGCUCUGCCACUCUGGGAGGUUAUAAUUGGGAUUACUUUGCCUAUGCUACGUAGGCAGGGAGAGAUUCAGAGAUUAUGGGGGAAACCAGAGGAAACCUGGUGCCCGAGGAGGAGCGAUUAAUCUCACAGAGCGGACAGGGAGACACUACGGGAAUGGCCAAAGUCUGCUCCCCUGGGCUCUUUGUUUUAGAGUGGAGCUUCUUGCGUGUGCGUGUGAUUGAACUGAAUUGUCCAUUACUCUCUAAAGCCCCCUCGUUCCUCCUCCUUUUAUGUAUGUGCCAUUUGCUGGUCAUCUUCCACAGCGCUCUCCUGGAUUUAGGAGUUCCCUUCACACAGCAGAACCUUGGGAGCAACCUGCCUCAAAAUGUCACGUCCACACGCAGACGGAAAAUCUGCCGUGGGUGUGAGUGAGGAGAUCUGAACUUGAAGAGAGGAUGGCCAUUAUAGACUGGAAUUUAUGAGUUUGUUUUGAAACAUUUUGUGUAAGAAUUGUGUAUGGUUAUGACAUGUAUUAUAUACAGUGCUCCUUUUGUUCUUAAAAAGGAUGUUUAUGCUAAUAAGAAGAGCUUAGCUUCUCCCAAGUGCCAUAUGUAUGUGCACUAAAAAAAGCAAAGCAAAAACACAAAAAGAUUAAUAGUAAAGAUGCUGUGAUCUAUGUACGUCAUACUGAAUCAUUGAGUGCCGUGUUAAGUAUAGAAGAACCAUCAGGCAAUCACAAUCGUCCCAGUCAUGUCAGCAUAUGAGCGAGUGUGUGUGACUGGAGUCCCAGUGGCUUGUGUGUUUCUCAUUCCAACAUUUGUUGUUGUAAAUCAUCUGAUUUCUUUUUUGGGAUAAUGGUCAGAAGCCAACACAUCAAUCACACUGUGCUCUCAAACUCCAAUAAAACAAACAGCUUUGUUUCUAGAAAAACAGCACCUUUGUCUGAACCUUCAUUUUCCUUUUAAUAAAACAAACGCCGAAGGAGCUCAUAGCAGAAUUUCUAUUUAUUGUACAUUGAGUGGAAAAAUAAAUAAAAAGAAAAAUAAGGCAUCAGUUCAGAAUUAAAAACAAUGAAAAGGAAGCAGUCAAUAUUACAUUAGGUGUGAUUACUAAGAUGCAUAUUGUGACAUAAUUGGAUAAAAGAAUAUUAAGGACAGGAAUGGCAAAAAGUUUACUUUAAUUUAUUAAUAUAAUUUAAAUAUUCUAUUUAUUAUUUUUCAAAGAAACAAGUGUGAGACAGUUUACCCUGUAUGGUCAAAAUGUAAAAAAAAACUGAAAGGAACCUUUUUAAUACUUUUUCCAUAUGACCUUUUCAUUUCAACAACAGCUUGGUUGAACAUUUAAAAAAAAAAAAAAAAAAGAAUUAAAAA